AUGAAGGUCGAGCACGAGGAGGAAGACGAUACGGCGAGUGUCAUAUCUUCGUCCUGCUCGACGCGUAAUUACAGCUCGGAAAAUGAUUCGGUCAGCAGGAGGUCCUGCUCCGUGAGCAGCGAGGAAAUGGGCAAUGGUAGUCUCAAUAUGCUCAGCAACUUUGUGCUCGGCAGUCACGAUAAAAAUCAGGCCAAUGAGCGACGAAACUCCAAGAGUGCGAUAAGCAGAGGCGAGGAAUGCUACACGAACGCCACUUCGCUAGCAGAAUGGAAUAACGUCAAAGCCUCCAGCCUCUAUUAUCCUACUUCGUCUAUUUACGAGUGCUCUGGUUAUCAGUCCCACUGGCCCUUACAAAGUAUGUACAUAAAUGGCACGGGAGGAUUCUCCACCGAUUACGCUUGGUUACCAGCCAAUUAUCAAAGUGUGCAAGACGCGGUCAACAGGCUCAGCCACCAAGACGCCGUGGCCAAGCAAAUAAAAAAAUUGCGGCCGAAAAAAUUCAGAUGUCACUAUUGUAAUGUGGCAUUCAGUAAUAAUGGACAGCUCAAGGGCCACUUGAGGAUACACACCGGUGAAAGACCAUUUAAGUGCGAUGCCGAAGGUUGUGGCAAGUCGUUUACGAGGAACGAGGAAUUAACGCGCCAUAAGCGUAUUCAUACCGGACUGAGGCCUUACUCGUGUCUCAUUUGCCGUAAGGGUUUCGGUCGUAAGGAUCAUCUGAAAAAGCAUACGAAAACCCACGAUAAUCGAAAUGUUUAUCAACUUGCGGCCGCGGCGGCCGCCGCUGCUUCCACACCUUUCGCCGGCUUUCACUUUGCACAUCAUCCGUCGAUAUCUAUAGGAGGAAUUCCGUACGCCUAUCCCCUUUGAUCCCAACAAAAAUUACAUAAUGAUAAAUUGGAUAAUUAAAAUUUUAAAUUUAAUCUAAUUAUUUACUAAUGAGCAAAGUCAAAAACUGCUUGAUUAGCCGCUUAAAUGUGCGUGAUUUUUGCAAUAAAAUCGAGUAUUCCGAAGAAUUCU